GUUGGUAACAUCUAUGGGCUAACCUGACUGAGAAUGGCGGAGAACGAGUUGUAGUUACGAUUGCGAAGUGUUUUGAGUUUUGUUACAUUGAUAUAUAUACAGAUAUUAUACAAUUGUAAUACGUUCAAUCUGUAGGUACUUAAAUUUGCGUUGGAAAUAUGAGGGAUGAUGUGUUACUAGAUACAUUGGAAUUCUUCAGAGAAAGUAGUAGUAGUGAAAUUCCCGACCAAGUUUGGGAAAAUGUUGAAAAUGUGAUCCUUAAAACGUUUGUUCCGCAGAUGAAAGUGGGCAGUGAAAGACCAUGCGAAGAGUCGGAUUAUAAGGAGUAUGUGUUAGAAAUUGGAAGCAAAUUCAAGAUUUUGACCUUUAUUUUUCACCAGAUUGCGAAUAACGUAGGUUGUGAGAAAUUUGAUGCUAAUAAGCGAGUUAGUAAAAAUCUUGCCGUUUAUUUACUUCUGCUCUGUGGAGAACACUCUGAUGACGACAAGUGGACUACGGAAGAAACAAUUAAGUAUUCUGGAGAACUCAUUAGCCACCUUUGUAAAUUGUGCCAGUGCAAAUCUAUAUCAGAACUGUUGACUGGAGUUGAAUCCAGACAUGAGUUUGUUGGUCUCUUUUCAACCGCACUUUUAUUCUUACGCCCAAAACUGCUGAAAGAUACUUGGAAGUCUUUUCCGGCUGCAGUUUCCUGUUAUCAGUGGCUCAUGUUUCAUGUCAAGAGUCCUCAUUUGAGCCCGCACCUAAGUAGUGUUCUUCCAACAGCUCUCAUUAUCGUUGACGAUUUUGUGCCGGAUAACAGGAUACGCGGAAUUAGGUGUCUUAACCAUAUAACUGAUAACAUUACACGGACGGAGCUGGGCUGGAAUGGAUGUGGAGAUGUUAUCUACAAAGCCCUGGAACCGCUGCUGUACCAACGAGAGGCAGCCACGGUUCAGCCCCUAGUCUCCUGCCUCAUCUGUGUUCUCAGCAAGGUGGAGGGAGGCUACAUCAAGGACGAACCCAACUAUCAGUGGUCCAGAUAUGACGACGUUCUGGAGAGGUUCCUGCAGACUAUGGAACUGGAAGAUCGGCUGACAUCGAGGCUAGUUUACAUUUCAUCACUACCACCGUUACUUGAGGCUGCUGGACUUAGGGUGUGCCGCUGGAGCGAGCGUCUGCUGCGUGUUUGUGGCCGCUACCUGGAGGUAGCUGGAUACUCUGAACGAAAGGAAGCUGAGCAUGUCCUACUGGCAAUUCGGGUGUUCGUGCGUCACUGUUGGCCGCUCGUACCAGCCCACUGUCAGACGUUGCUGCAAAUGUUGCUCAGACUGCUGUGUGAUAUAACGUACAAGGAGGAGACCACAGGGGGGAGAAAGGAUGAAGAGGAGCAGCAUAUUGUGAAUCUGACAGAGGAGUGUUUGACGCUGGUAGCGAAAAUCUGUCCAGAAGAGACAAAAGUACUCUGUGCAGACAUUACAAGUAGAGCAAGAUUCAACCAGACAUUUGCAGCAGUGUUAGACAGGGUGUUUGGGUGAAGUGAAUUACAGCAGUGAUAAAAUGUGCGCAGAAUUCCAGUGAAAUCUUGCAUUGUAUUUUACACGUAAUGUAAUAAAGACUUACCCCCUUUCAGACUGUGUC